GCCCCUUACAGCAUCCCUGCGUGCAGGACGCCUCUGCCCCCGGUGCCACCAAGCGAAUGCGUUUCCUCACUCAAACGUCUUGUGCUGAAAUCCAUUGGGAGAGAAGGAAUGUACCAUUUCCAGGCGGGGAGCGGGGAAGAAGUAUAAAAUAAGGUGGUACUUGCCUGCAGUAACAGAACUGCAUGCAUUAUGCUCAGUGUGCAUGCGAGUUGAAGGGAGGAAGUGCAGCCCCAGCCGAUAAGAUGGCAAGAGCCAAGAUGAAGAAUUCUCCAUCGGAGAUCAGCACAGGUUCCAAAAUCGUCCCACCAAUUACCAGGGAAGACCUGAAUGGAGUCAGCCCCCUGCUACCGGCUCAAAUCAUGGGGUCCCUGACGAGCGAUGCAGGGCAGAGAGUACAAGUCGAAUUUUAUGUCAAUGAAAACACCUUCAAGGAAAGACUCAAGCUCUUCUUCAUCAAGAACCAAAGAUCAAGCCUCAGAAUCCGUCUCUUCAAUUUCUCCCUGAAGCUCCUCUCAUGUCUCCUGUACAUAGUGCGAGUUUUGCUGGAAGAGCCAGCUCGUGGAAGCGGAUGCUCGAACUGUGAGAAGCAGAACAAUGCAACCAAGUCACAUACAACCAGUAUUAACUGGGAACCAAUUAUUUGGGUGGACAGGCAGACGCCGCUCUGGGCUAUUCAGGUCACCGUGGCCAUAAUCAGUUUCUUGGAGACGAUGCUGCUGAUGUAUCUCAGCUAUAAGGGGAACAUCUGGGAACAAAUCCUCAGGAUCUCGUUCAUUCUGGAGAUGAUAAACACGGCUCCUUUCAUCAUCACGAUAUUUUGGUCGCCAUUACGAAAUCUGUUCAUCCCGGUUUUCCUGAACUGCUGGCUGGCAAAAUGCGUCUUGGAGAACAUGAUCAAUGACCUCCACCGCGCCAUCCAGAGGACGCAGUCGGCCAUGUUUAAUCAGGUGAUCAUUCUGAUCUGCACCCUGCUAUGCCUGGUGUUCACAGGGAUGUGCGGUAUUCAGCAUCUGGAAAGAGCCGGGGAAAACCUUUCACUCUUCAAAUCGUUUUACUUCUGCAUCGUCACUUUCUCUACGGUGGGAUAUGGAGAUGUGACUCCUAAAAUCUGGCCUUCGCAGCUCCUGGUGGUCAUUAUGAUCUGCGUGGCCCUCGUGGUGUUACCUCUCCAGUUUGAGGAGCUGGUGUACUUGUGGAUGGAGCGUCAGAAAUCUGGAGGAAACUAUAGCCGCCAUAGAGCCCAGACGGAGAAGCAUGUUGUCUUAUGUGUCAGCUCCCUCAAGAUCGACCUCCUCAUGGACUUCCUCAAUGAGUUCUACGCGCAUCCUCGGCUCCAGGAUUACUACGUGGUUAUCCUUUGCCCAACAGAAAUGGAUAUCCAGGUCCGACGGGUACUGCAGAUACCGCUGUGGUCCCAGAGAGUCAUCUAUCUGCAAGGGUCGGCCCUCAAAGAUCAAGACCUCAUGAGAGCAAAGAUGGACGACGCCGAGGCUUGUUUUAUCCUCAGUAGCCGGAACGAGGUGGACCGCACUGCCGCAGACCAUCAAACCAUCCUGAGAGCCUGGGCUGUGAAAGAUUUUGCCCCUAACUGUCCUCUAUAUGUCCAGAUUUUGAAGCCUGAAAAUAAGUUCCAUGUCAAAUUUGCCGAUCACGUGGUUUGUGAAGAAGAAUUCAAGUAUGCAAUGCUGGCACUUAACUGUGUGUGCCCUGCCACCUCCACCCUCAUCACACUUCUCGUUCAUACCUCAAGGGGGCAGGAAGGCCAGCAGUCCCCGGAGCAGUGGCAGAGAAUGUAUGGCCGAUGCUCCGGCAAUGAAGUCUAUCAUAUCCGUAUGGGAGACAGCAAAUUCUUCAUGGAGUAUGCAGGGAAGAGUUUCACAUACGCGGCUUUCCAUGCCCACAAGAAGUAUGGGGUGUGCCUGAUAGGAGUCAGGAGAGAGGACAACAAAAGUAUAUCACUGAACCCCGGACCCAGGCACAUUAUGGCCAAAUCUGACACGUGUUUCUACAUCAAUAUCACCAAGGAGGAAAACUCUGCAUUUAUCUUCAAACAAGAAGAGAAGCAGAAACGGAAAGGGCGAGGGAUAUGCGGAGAACCAUCCAGGCUUCCAGUGCACAGCAUCAUCGCCAGCAUGGGUACAGUAGCCAUGGAUCUCCAAAACACAGAAUGCCGGCCGAUCAACAGCAGCAAGUUGACUCUUCCAUCCGAAAAUGGUUCCGGCACCAGAAGGCCCAGUAUCGCUCCAGUUCUGGAAAUUGCAGACAGUAGUACCGUGCUGCCAUGUGACAUGCUCAGUGACCAAUCGGAGGAUGAAAUGACUCAGUCUGAUGAUGAAGGCCUUCCCGUCCUGGAGUAUGUCAAAGGCUACCCCCCAAACUCUCCGUAUAUUGGAAGCUCGCCAACUCUCUGCCAUCUUCUACCUUCCAAAGCUGCUUUCUGUUGCCUCCGCCUGGACAAGGGCUGCAAGCACAACAGUUUUGAAGAUGCAAAAGCCUACGGCUUUAAGAACAAGCUAAUCAUCGUAUCAGCCGAGACGGCGGGGAACGGACUUUAUAAUUUCAUCGUCCCUCUGAGAGCUUACUACAGAUCUCGAAAGGAGCUCAACCCCAUUGUUCUGCUGCUGGAUAACCCGCCGGACAAUCACUUCCUGGAGGCAAUUUGCUGUUUUCCGAUGGUCUACUUUAUGGUCGGCACCAUAGAUAAUUUGGAUAAUUUGCUGCAAUGUGGGAUUAUCUAUGCUGACAACCUGGUGGUCGUGGACAAGGAAAGCACGAUGAGCGCAGAGGAGGACUAUAUGGCGGAUGCAAAGACGAUUGUUAAUGUGCAGACCAUGUUCAGACUAUUCCCGAGCCUCAGCAUCACCACCGAGCUGACGCACCCUUCCAACAUGCGCUUCAUGCAGUUCAGAGCUAAAGACUGUUACUCCCUUGCACUUUCUAAACUAGAAAAAAAAGAACGAGAGAAUGGAUCAAACCUGGCUUUCAUGUUUCGCCUCCCUUUUGCUGCAGGCAGAGUGUUCAGCAUCAGUAUGUUGGACACCUUGUUGUAUCAGUCUUUUGUGAAGGAUUACAUGAUUACCAUCACCAGGCUUCUGCUAGGACUGGACACCACCCCAGGAUCUGGGUACCUAUGUGCGAUGAAGAUCACAGAGGAGGACCUGUGGAUCAGGUCAUACGGGCGGCUCUUUCAGAAGCUCUGCUCAUCCAGCGCAGAGAUUCCUAUUGGGAUCUACAGGACGCAGUCGCACAUGUUCUCCACAUCUGAGCCACAUGACAUCAGAACGCAGUCCCAAAUCUCCAUCAACGUUGAAGAGUGUGAAGAUACGAAAGACACGAAGGAACAUUGGGCACCGAAGCCCAGUCACAGGAACUCCACGUCCAGUGAUCAGUCAGAGCACCCGCUGCUGCGCAGGAAGAGUAUGCAGUGGGCACGGAGACUGAGCAGGAAAGGCAACAAGCAGGCCGCCAAAUCGGCAGAAUGGAUCAGUCAACAGCGGCUGAACCUGUACAGGAGAUCUGAACGCCAGGAAUUGUCUGAGCUUGUGAAGAACCGCAUGAAACACCUGGGCCUCCCGACUACAGGCUACGACGAGAUGAACGACCACCAGAACACGCUGUCUUACGUCCUCAUUAAUCCUCCGCCCGACACGCGACUGGAGCUCAAUGACAUUGUAUAUCUCAUCAGAUCGGAUCCUUUAGCUCAUGUUGCCAAUGACAGCCAAAGCCGAAAAAGCAGCAAUAGUUACAAGACCGAACAAACAGGAAAUCCCGAAACGAGGGAUGAGACGCAGCUAUGAGGACAAGCCUGACUCAUGGACGUGGUGCCUAACCCUGAACAGAACUCUACUGUACAUAUCAGCAGCCGGGCUCGGCCCAUGAGUCACUCGUCAGCUGGACUUUGGACAAUGGUCUUCACUGCCAGCGACAGAUACUGACCCCCAGAGACAUGCGUUAUGGAUUCACAGGGACUUUUGAUUCAAAACAAAAACUUUUUUUGUACCAUUUCAGUAAAAGGUCAACCACUGGGUGCAUGGCCUGUACGACGGCACCAUUGCAGAUUAACCCAGUGCCGCAACAUACUCUGUAUUGAUUGCACUAGACAACUCCAAAUCACCGUGGGUCGUACGGUAUGUUACCCACGUCUCUCAUUAAACUCAGUCGCGGUAUUAUUUUUUUCUCUGCUGAACAAAAACUCUCGUCGUUUUUCCAAAUCAUAUUUAGAUUUUUUUCCAGUCUAGAAAUGUAUCGUCCUGGGUAUGAGACUGAGGUGCUAACGGGCAGUAACAGGACAUACAGUAUGUACAGUAUUGCUUUACCCCAGUCUGCUACUAUACUACCGUAUGGGAGGAGCAUGUAUGCAAGGACACCUAUUAUUAUAAUAUCCCAGGGCAUGUCAAUCUAACUCAUUUGAAUAAACCCCUCCCCUGCACUUGAUGGCCACUCCCACAUUAAUCCAUUUAGCAUCUAGUACGAGACCACACACAGUUUACCAUGUUCUGCCCACCUUUGCCCCCACGAUGGUGCUAUGUGCCUUAUUCCAGCCAAACAUUUGGAGCAACAUACCGUGCCAAUAUUUAGAAUUUUUUUUUAUUUUUAAAUUUUUUUUUAUGUUCCCUUUAUAUAAAUAGAAUGAAAGAUUAUUAUUUUUUUCAGCCCUUUGCAAUUUUAACAAAGCACAGAAAGCAGGAACGCAGGGUGAGUAACAGAGGACUGUACGGUAGAGAUGACUACAAUGUCUACAUGCCACAGUAUGGCCUUCCUUUUAUCUCUAGGUAUUUGUAUGGGGAGAUCAAGGUGUUUGCUUUUUUUUUUACGUGUACAUAUCAUGGUGUUCAGGUGCUUGGAAAACAAAUGAACACCAGUGUAUAUUGUGAUAUUCGCUAUUUAUUAUGAAGAACCUACCUUACCAGUAUUAAUGCCCAGGUAUGUGACGAGAGGGGAAAAAGAAAUGACAGGAUGUGUGCGCUUUGCAACCCAGAUUUGUAUUAUUGUCCCGGUGCACUGAAAAAUAAAAUGAAAUUGGCAAAUGGCGAUGAUUGAAAAUGGCCUACCAUUUGGUGUCUCCAUUUCCUAUGUAGAACUAGGUGUUUCCAUGGUAACAGACUACAAACCAACCUUGUGUAGUCUGGUCCUGCUGUCAGGUGUUCCUUGUAUCCUCCAAUAUACAUUCUGUAGGUUCAGGACCCUCUACAUGGGGCGAUUCUCGGCCAUCUGACCGCUAACAAGCGAUUAUCUGGUGGUGAAAAAGUGCCGCUAAUUAUCCGGUCAUUAUCAUUGGGUAAUUGCAUUAUUCAUGUGGUCACAAAAACCGUUGUUUGCCGGCAGCAGAUCAUGGUGUGUAAACAAGGAGUCAAUAUGGGGACAAGCAAUGGCAUUAGCGACACUGUGGAGGAGAUCGCUGCAUGUAAAUGCGGCAGUCUCCUCCGCUUCCCUCCCGACAAUCACCUACAAAAUUCAACUGUGUAGAGGGGCCUUUAAAAGUAGGGAGCGGAUGAAAGGUCAGACUACAUCAAUCUGCAUUAGAGCUGUAUACACAAAACAAUGGAGUUCUAAACAGGACUUGGAAAGUACAACAUUUUGGUUGUGAUGGUGGACACAGGCGUUAGAAUUUCCGGUGGAGAAUAUUGCUGUACCGCUCUGGAGGCAGCCAUCAAGAAAGCGGAGUCAGUGAGGGCUUUUAUCAUGAGGGGAAUUUCCAAAGUCAGGUUUGUUUCAGGCUUUGUUGCCGUUACUUGCGCCACAUGUCGCACAUUGCUUGAUAAAUUUGGCGAUUCUUUAAACAUCAAAGUUUCAUCUAGAGAUGUACGGUAAUUCCAGUGGUUUACACCAACCCAACCUAUCCACUAUUUUUGCCAAUUUUAAAAGUUUGCAAAUAAUCUUGUGUAAACCUAUUGGCCUGGCUGACCGCGCCUACCUUGCCACCCGCUGUCCAAAAGUGGCGAGCGUAGCGUAAAAUCAGUUGCAAAUCUUUGUGCAAAAAAUGGUAUGCACAAAUUUUUUAACUUUUUCUGCCGGAAGUGCGGUGCACAGAGUUCGGUAAAUUCCCUCCAGUAUUCCUUGGCAGACUACUCAGUGCCUUAACCUUAGCCUGCUCCUUCCCCACCCCAUUCAGGUCUACAUUUUCUUUGGAAAAAAAAAAAUCCAGUUUCUGGUAGUAAACCAUCACAAAUAAUAAUAAAUUAUCACUUCAGCUGAUAAAAACCUGUGGCCUCGACAGACAAGAGACUGAGGUUUAGGGCCCGGUAUUAUAUCACCCACAGGAUAUCGGCACUAGCUGGGAUCGGAAGUAGACUUCAGAUAUAAUUUACAUAAUUGUGAAUGUGUUGACUGCGUGGCCCCAGCCAGUGACUAGAGGAACAAGAAUAAUGUAAAUACGCAUUUUUUGUGCCAGAAACCAGGCACAUGUCUUUUAAGCUUUUAGGCGUAAUUUACAAAGACAAAAUUCUAGAGGGCGCUUACUGCAUACAUGUUCAAUGAGAGCCUAAAGCUCCCCCUAGUGGUGGCUACGUAUUACCCAGGAUAAAUACAAACUGGAGCAGCAGCUGCAAAUUGCCUAAAAUAACAAGAGCAGCAAUACUUAUCCCCUUCCUCCCCCAUGCUGCUUUCCGUGCUGUGCUUCAGUCUUCCCCUGUCUGAAGCAGUGACGUUCCCUGCUGCACGCAAUGUCACCUCUGCAGCCAGUCACUGGCCUAAGCAGCGACAUCCCUGUAUACUGCUGAAGCCAAGAAGACGUGUAUAUGGAACGUCACCCAUGCAGCCAGGAUGAUGAUGUCAGCGGCGGGGAGGGGCAGAGGACAAAUGCAGCAAGUAUGUAUUCUCUGCUCUUUUUAAGGGGUUGACGUAUCUGGGACAUUGAUGGCAUAUCACUAGGACAUGCCAUCAAUGUCGGAUAGGAGCGGGGUCCCAGAGAUGGGACCUGCACCUAUAUUCAGAACAGGGCCCCUAAAGUGAAGGAGAGUGCGCUAUUCAUCGCUAUGGGAGUUCUGAAAGUGGCUUCAGAAGUCGCAUAGCGGUGAAUGGACAGCGCACUGCGCAAGUGCAGCCACCUCUUCGUUUACUGCUAAGGGACUGGUGGAAAUAGCCAAGCCUGCCACUGGCUGUUUUCGGAACUCACAUGGUGGUGAACAGAGGGUGGCUGCGCAUGCGUAGCUGCUCUCUGUUUACUUUGAGGCCCCCGUUCUGGAGAUGGCAGCAGGACCCACAACUACAUGACACUGAUGUUAUAUUCAAGCUUCACGCCAUCAAUGUCCCAGAUGGACCAACCCCUUUAACUCUGACAACCCCUUUAAUCCUACGGCUGUGUGAAGGGAAGCAGAGGAAUUUUAUAUCAGAACUAUUAUCAAUAUUCUGUGACCGUAAAACUGGGUCGUCUUACCCUGUUCCACAUCAAAUGCCCUCUCCACAGGGAAGACCCUAAAAAUGAAUUCUACUGAACAAAGAUCAUGCAAUUAUUAAAAUGUAUCCUAAUGAACAGAAACCGUUAUGCGCCAUUUUCAGAACAAUGACGGAGGACGUCACCUCUUCUGACAUGUCUGUUUUAGGAUCUAGUUGUGUUCCCUAUGAAAUAAUUUUGAGCUGUAUUUCAUUAGAACAUGGUGCUGUUCCUCUGUUAUUCCUCCUGGGGAAAAAAUAUAUCUCCGUAUAACGAUUCCCCUUACCACCACUGUAAGACUAUAUAGGGACACGCUCCCAACUAUAACACCCAGCUGCCAAUUUAUUCACAUAUUUCCAGGAGGAAUAGUACUUUGCAUUGACAUUGUACAUCUCUGGAAUGAAAGACACUGCAAAGAUGCAGAACUAAUGAAGUGGAUGCAAAACGUUUACCUUUCAAUUAUUCUGUUCCACAGCUACAUUACGUACGGCUAUCGGCAAUUAAAGGGGUUGUCUCACAUUGGGGGCAUAUCGCUAGGAUAUGCCCUCAAUGUCUGAUGGGUGCCGUCCUAGAGGUGGGCCCCGCACCUAUCUUUGAAACAGAGCCCGCAAAGUAAAGGGCGCAGUACGCA